UUCCAGGAGGGACGGUCGGUCUCUCCUUUUCCUUUCUCUAACCUCUUCGUCUCCAUCAUCAAAUCAGUCCGAGAUGUCAACCAUCUCCAUCUCCAUCUCCCAUGAAUUCAUCCCGGACCCCCCUGGAUGACGUCUCGGCGUCUCGCUGUCUCGCAUCCGCAGCCCAUCUGCAAAUCAAAUGAUCGUGAUAACGAUGACCAUCCAUCCCCGAUGGACACAUCAUGCCCGCUCCACUUGGCUCAACUAGUCGUCUCUUCACAGGCGGGGAUCAUCGCCAAUCGCCCUCUGUCCACUUCCCACCACAAUGAGGUCAUGGCCUCUCCUUUUGGGGACCCGGAGAUUCCCACAAUCCGCCGCGGACAAAAGAUUAAAAACCCUAUCGGCCUAUCCUCAGUCCUGCCGUUCUGUCACUCCUUGGAUCUUCUUCCUUGGUUACACUCGCGUCUAGACUUCGUUUAUUUUCUUUUAUCUUUUUUUAUCUGCUCAUCCUGCCGUUCUAGACCGACUUAUUUUUGGUUCGUCCCGUGGUCGCGCCGUUUGGCACCUCGUCCCCCUCGGCCUCUCUCCCCACCCAUGGUCCGUUCGCUCGCCGCUUUGUCUCAGCGCCAUUGGCUUUCUUAUUUUCCGGUUAUUUCCAGUUCCUGACUGCGUUUGAUUUUUUUUCCUCUUGGAUAUUAUUCCCGCAACCCCCCUUUGGUCUCGUGAAGACCUUUCUUUAGACUACUCGAUUU